AUGGCUAAAAAUUCUAGAACCAAUGAGUCUAUUUCACUUAAAUAUACUUCAUUUGGACUAAAAAAGUCCAAAGAGGAAGAUAAUUAUACCGAAGACGACAUGAUGAAUGCACCGCUAUUAUCGGAUAACUCUGGUAAUGAAGGAAUUUCAGUGAUUGAUGAAGCAUCCAACGAUGAGAAUUUAGAAAGUAUAACCACCCUUCUUGUUGGAGGUGCUAUGGCCAUUUCUCUCUUGACAGACUCUCUUGGUACAGUACUUGAGCUUACUGGUGGAUUUUCUGCAACGGCAUUAGCUUACAUUCUACCUCCAGCAUGCUAUUUAAAACUAUCUUCAGGCGAAUUAUGGACUUUCAAUAAAUUACCUGCAAUAUCAUGUGUGAUUUUUGGUUUUUUGGUGAUGGUGUUGAGUACUGCAUUAAGCAUUGCAAAAAUUAUAGACGGAUGGAUAUAA